UCGAAGGGUUGAACUUUGAAUCCUUGAAGCUGGAGGUCAGAGUGAAUUGAGAGAGAUGAGUCCCUGCAGUUUUACGAUAUGAUAUAUGGUUAAGCAGAGGGAGGAUUCCAUGAAAGCACUUUCAGUGCCAAGUGGUGGCUGCAGUUACAGUCACCGCAGGUUCAUUAUAAUGGGGAAGAGCAAAAGGAGCCAACCUCCUUAUCCCAAGGAUUCUGAGCCAUCUCCCCCAAGAAUUACCUCAAAUGUCAAGCAAAAUUUGCAGUUUUUAAAGUUGUGGAAGGAGUUUCAAAAGAGGAAUUCUAGCACACCUAAGCCUGCUACUAGUUACCGCAGAAAGAAGGUAGAGAAGGAAGAAGUCCCAGAGGAUGAAGACCUGUAUCGUGAUCCUACUACUGCUCUCUACUAUACAAACCAGGGUAUAGAAUCUGCAGUUCCUGUCCUACUUGUUGAUGGGUAUAAUGUUUGUGGCUAUUGGAUGAAGCUGAAGAAACAUUUUAUGAAUGGAAGACUUGAUAUUGCUCGCCAAAAGCUUAUUGAUGAACUUGUAAAUUUUAGCAUGCUGAGAGAAGUCAAAGUGGUUGCUGUCUUUGACGCACAGAUGUCUGGACUCCCUACACACAAGGAAACUUUUAUCGGUGUGGAUGUUGUUUACUCUGCUGAAUCUUGUGCUGAUGCGUGGAUUGAAAAAGAGGUUGUAGCCUUGAAAGAGGAUGGUUGCCCCAAAGUUUGGGUUGUGACUUCAGAUCACUCUCAGCAACAUGCAGCAUAUGGAGCAGGAGCUUUUGUUUGGAGUUCCAAGGCGCUUGUUUCUGAGAUCAAAGCAUCACAUAAGGAGGUUGAGAGGAUGCUUAGUGAGCAAAGCUUCUCAGAUCGACUUCGUUUCAAGGUAAAUUGUUAAAGCACAAUCUUGAUGCUGAAGUUGUUGACGCGCUCAAGGAUCUCAGAAACAAGUUAUCUGGGAGCAAGUAGAGGAAAUAGGUUCGAUUUUACCUGAUUUUGUUAAUUUCCUUUACCAUCAACCUACUUUCGAUCUCGAGUCUGGCUUCUCGAGCUUUAGCUUUCGACAUAUCGAGGACAAGUUGCAAUGAGAUCAGCCUGUUCUUCAUUUUGGUGCAAGGCAACUAUCUAACUACUCUGGUUUGGGACUUGCAUCACCAAUAAAUCACUGUGACAACUUUUGAUAUAUAGGUUACUAACAAAUUAAGGUACUUGGUUGAUUAAGCAUAACACAUUCAAAUUGCUUUCAGUUUAUGAUGGCAGCUGCCUGCUCAUGAGUCUAGAGGAUAUUUUUGGCUAUUUUUCUGCUAGGGGAAUGAUAUCUGUAUAAUGCUAAUUUCUACACCGGUUGUUAAUGUAACUGCCGUAAAGAUGAUUUAUGGUUUUUGCUGAUCUAUGGUGGUUCAUUAAUGCGCAUGUACACAAAAGUUAACCUGGUCCA